UUGAGACUUGAGAGUCCACAUUCCACACAACACGCUUUAAUACAUACUUACAAAGUUUCUUCUUCCUCUUUCUCUCUCAUUGCCAUUUACUGCCUUUUUCACUUCUCAAGGCUUUUCAUUCUUCUCUCUUCUUGUUUUCCACAUCUCAACUUAUAUCAAUACAUAGUGUUCCUCACUAAAAACUCUGUUUUUUUACACCCCAUUAAGCAGAUAUGGCUGAUACAGCAAAAUAUACACCAAUUAAUGGUGGAAAAACUCUGAUUACAGACCUGAAAACUCACUUCUCUUUUCUUAAAACCAAAAGAAGUGUUACUUGUGCAUAUGGGUUCAUGUUUGUUUUCAUUCUUGUUACUUUUUUCUUGGCUUUUAGUCCUUCACCCAACUCUUCUUCUCCAUGGUUCUCUAAUAUCUUCUCUUUAAGCAGCAGUAGUACUAGUUCUAGUAGUGGAAGUACUUUUUCUGAUGAAUCAUCUAGAUCUCACUUCUCUUCAGUUUAUUCUUACUUUUUCCCCAAUUCCUCACAGCAACUUCAAAAUUUUGCCAGCCCCAGAUCCCAAAAUUCUAAUUCUGAGCCUCUAAACAAUGAUUCACAUGAUAAAGUUGAAGUCUUGGAAACCCCCUUGAAGCCUUCUGUGAAUGUGCCAGCAGUAGCGCCAGUAUCUUCAUCUGGGUUGAAUCAAGAAUCAUCAAAUGUGAAAGAUCAGUUUAAAAGUAAGGGUUUUGAUGAUAAAAAUGGAGUCUUGGAGAACCCCUUGAAGCCAUCUGUGAAUGUGUCAGCAGUAGGAUCAAUAUCUCCAUCUGGGUUGAAUCAAGAAUCAUCUAGUGUGAAGAAUCAGUCAAAAAGUAAGGAUUUUGAUGAUAAAAAUGGAGUCUUGAAAAGCCCCUCGAAGCCUACUGUGAAUGUGUCAGCAGUAGCACCAAAAUCCUCUUCUGGGUUGAAUCAAGAAUCAUCAAGUGUAAAGAAUCAGCCUAAAAGUAAAGAUUUUGAUGAUAAAGUUGGAAAUUUGAAGGCAAAUCAGAGCAAAAAUCCAUUGGAGAAGUCAUCAGCAAGUGUGAAUCAGACAGCAAAAUCUGGUAGUGAGAGUAAAGAGAAGGAAAUUGCAGAAAAGGGAGUGAAGGGUAAUUUCACUUCCUCAUCUGUGAAAAGCCAGAGUGAUGGUACAAAUCUAGAUGUGUCUACAAAGAAGAAGAAGGAUGAAGAUUUGGUUAAGUCUUUGUUGAAUUGUGAUUUCUUUGAUGGGAAUUGGGUGAAAGAUGAGUCUUAUCCUUUGUAUAAGCCUGGUUCUUGUUCUUUGAUUGAUGAACAAUUUAACUGUUUUCUCAAUGGUAGACCUGAUAACAAUCAUAUGAAGAUGAAAUGGAAGCCAAAUGGUUGUACUCUUCCAAGAUUGAAUGGAACUCAUAUGCUGGAAUUAUUGAGAGGAAAGCGAUUGGUAUUUGUCGGUGAUUCGCUCAACAGAAACAUGUGGGAAUCCCUUGUUUGCAUUCUUAGAAACUCUGUUAAAGAUCAGAAAAAGGUUUAUGAAGAAUCUGGCAGACAACAUUUUAGGACUGAGGCUUCAUAUUCAUUUCUAUUUGAGGAGUAUAAUUUCAGAGUGGAGUUUUUUGUAUCUCCAUUCUUGGUUCAAGAAUGGGAAUAUUCAGAUAAAAAAGGAGUGAAGAAGGAAACACUUCGACUUGAUUUAAUCGGACAGUCUGCUGAUAAAUAUAAAAAUGCUGAUAUCUUAAUCUUCAACACCGGCCACUGGUGGACACACGAGAAAACUUCAUUGGGGAAGGACUAUUAUCAAGAAGGAAGUCACGUGUACAACGAAUUAGAUGUUCUUGAGGCAUUUCGAAAGGCUUUAACAACAUGGGGAAGAUGGGUUGAUUCCCAUGUAAAUCCUAAGAGAACAUUUGUUCUCUUCAGAGGUUACUCUGCGUCUCAUUUUAGCGGCGGACAAUGGAAUUCAGGUGGAGCUUGUGACCAUGAAACAGAACCAAUCAAGAACACAACAUAUCUAACUCCAUAUCCAUCAAAGAUGAAUGUUUUAGAAAGAGUUCUAAAAGGGAUGAAAACUCAAGUCUCAUAUCUCAACAUCACAAGAAUGACAGAUUUUCGAAAAGAUGGUCAUCCAUCAGUAUAUAGGAAACAAAAAUUUACAACUGAAGAGAAGAAAUCUCCAUUGUUGUUUCAAGAUUGUAGUCAUUGGUGUCUCCCUGGUGUACCUGAUGCUUGGAAUGAGUUGCUAUAUGCCAAGAUUUUAGUAAAUCAACAUCAAAAACAACAAGACUACAACAAGUCGUAGAGGGUCGGGUCCAUUAUUCAUCGAGUGUCACACUAGUAAGCCUCAUUGACCCUCGUGAAUUUCUCGAUUAUAUAUACAAGAAUAUCGGAGAGUAUGUUUAUAGACUAUAUAAAACGAGAGUUGAGAAGCUACCCUCAUUCUUUCCGUUAAGGGGGAGCCUUGAAGCAACAAUAAUGUUGUCUUCAUGUAAUCUAUACGUUACUGGUUCGAGCUGUGGAAUGAAUUAAUGAUAGUAUCAUAUCAUGUAAAUUAUAUUCUUAAAUUAUUUACAUUAUUUAUUUUGAAUAAUUUAAUGAAUUAUACGAUUAAUUAUGUUUGGAU